UAAUAAUAUGAUAGUGUUGUAUACUGCAAUAGAGUUCAACGGGAGAAAGCCGUUCUUAGAGGCCGGUAGGCGCGAAGUCGGGUGGUGGCAGCUGCUAGCGGCCGGCAGCAGGCCGCUAGCGGCGCGUUGGCGCAGUGCGCGCACGAUGGUGAAAGGUGCUAUAUCAAUUCUUCGGCGCUCGGACUUUGCGCGCCUCGUCAUGCCAUACGCGCGAAUUAUACUUUUUUGUGCCAUAUUUGUAUACGUAAAUUGUCAGAAGGACAAAGAAGAGGACUUUGUAUGUCCAGAAGGAACACAAGGAAAUGGAAAUUUUGCAGACCCUGCGACGUGUAGACGUUUUUAUCAGUGUGUCGACGGGUACCCGUAUUUGAAUAGAUGUCCCUCGGGGCUCUACUUCGACGAUAUUAGCAAGUAUUGUACAUUUAAAGCCGAAGCACGAUGCGGUCCCAUUUCCACGACUCCAGCUCCAAUAACAGAGGCUCCGUUAGAUUUGGCGACGAAAUGUGAUCUGUCACAAUGUGAACUGCCGUAUUGUUUCUGCUCAAAAGAUGGCACCUUGAUCCCCGGCGGUUUGGAGCCUGAUGAUACGCCGCAAAUAAUUAUGCUGACUUUCGACGGUGCUGUCAAUUUGAAUAACUAUGAAUUGUAUAAGAAAGUGUUCAGUGGAAAGAUAAAGAAUCCGAAUGGUUGCCCGAUCCGAGGAACGUUCUUCCUUUCACACGAAUACAGUAAUUAUGCCAUGGUGCAGUCGCUCGCCCAUGACGGUCAUGAGAUCGCUACCGGCACAAUAUCUCAGCAACAAGGCCUCCAAGACAAAGGGUACGAGGAAUGGGCCGGUGAGAUGAUAGGAAUGCGGGAAAUACUCAAGAAAUUCGCCAACGUAUCCCGCUCGGAAAUCGUCGGGGCCAGAGCGCCAUUCCUAAAGCCCGGCAGAAAUACGCAAUUUAAGGUUCUUGAAGAUUUCGGAUACAUCUACGACAGUUCAGUUGGUGUACCACCACUUCCAAUACCAGUUUGGCCUUACACUUUGGAUUACAAGAUACCUCAUGAGUGUAAAUCAGGCACAUGCCCAACUAAGUCAUUCCCCGGUCUGUGGGAGGUGCCCUUCAACGCGCAUUACGUCGAGUCCUUUGAGGGUGGACAUUGCCCCUACUUGGAUCAAUGUGUUCUUCACAACCACGAUUCAGACGAGGUGCUAGAAUGGCUUCAAGAGGAUUUCAACCGGUACUACGAGCAGAACCGGGCGCCUUACAUGAUGCCGUUCCACACCAACUGGUUCCAGAUCAAAGAACUCGAGCAAGGCCUGCACAAGUUCCUUCGUUGGGCUGCUGACUUAAACGAUGUGUGGUUUGUUACCGUUACCCAAGCGUUGACAUGGAUCACGGAACCUAAACCAGUAAAGGCGCUGAACAACUACGAAGCUUGGAGAUGUGACAACAGAGAUCUGCCUGGGAAACCUUGCAAUCUUUCCAACAAAUGUGCUCUCUCUUUCAAACAUCCUGAUACUAAUUUCACCGAUACGAGAUACAUGGAAACUUGCAGCGAGUGUCCGAACCAGUAUCCAUGGCUGGGAGAUUCCGGCGGUACUGGUAUUUCUGGUAAAGAUAAUUACAUACCGGACAAUUUAAAGAGAAAAUAGUAUAAAUAUAUUACUUGAAGACUUUGUAGGAUUUAGUAUAAUCUAUUCAGUAUACUGUUUAAAAUAAGUUUUUUGCGUUUAUAAUUAAAAAAAAACGUAAAAAAUUAUUGUAAAAUAGUUUUUAAUUGUGUCGAAGUGACAAUGGUUGUGCAGCAUUAGAAUCUCAAUGGAUUAUUCAUUUUUGUACAUAAUAUACAAGUUUAUAUAAAAUUAUAUUAUGUUUAUAAUUAAUAAUUUGUAUGUACUUAAUAUAAGUAUAUCUUAUUGUUAUAUUUUUACAUACGAGGUUAUGAAAUAACAGACUAUGUUAUCAAUUUAUAAAAUUUCUUUAUAAUAAUAUUUAGUAGAAGGAUCGUAAUUAAUUUGUUAUUUACAAAAGAGUGGUGCUAUACAUUUUUAUUUAAACAUAAUUUUUAAUACUUUAAAUGUAGUUCAGUUCAAAAAUGAGUUAAAAAUUACGUUGUCGCUAACGAAUGUUUGACGUUUUUAUUAAAAUUGGCUUAACGUAUUUUUUAGUUUGAAUAUUUUAAUGUUAUUACGACAAUUAUAUCGCAAACUCGAUUGACAUGAAAUAUGUCAUAUUGUUUGAGUUCAAAAAAAUAUUUUAUCGUCAAUUUCAAUUGCCGAUCGACAAAAAAAUUGUUGUGUAUUUCUGUUUUUAAAAGAUAAUGAAAUGGUAAUAUGUUUUUGUUCACGUGUUUCGCCAGUGUAAACCCACGGUUAUAGAUUACAUAAACGUUUCUGGUCAUAGUUUUGCUCAUUAUUUACUUCAAUCUACAAUAGUUUUUGUACACAUACACAUUUUUGUUUUGUUAAUAUUUUGUAAAGGCAAUAUUUUUUUACUAUUGUUAG